UACUAGUGUUCUCCACCCCUCAACUGGCGUCUUUUAUUAUCUAUGGCCAUCCUAUGGAGAACGACUACUUUCCGAGCAAAGAAACAACACCACCGACUUUGAAGGACAUGCGCGUCGCAGCCCCGUCUGAUAUGAUAUACAAUGAUGGCGACCUUCGCGUCCUUCACGAAAGAAUCGUCGCAUCAGAACGACGGUAACCAACAUGAAGGGUACUGGGAACCGAGCCCGAGCCUGGGUUUGCCCCAACAAAACACGCUUUUAUUCUUCGACUCAUCCGGAAUUGCGAGACAAAUCAAAGAGCAUACGGCGGGACGAGCAGCAAUAGAUCAGAUCUGGAAAGGAUAUCCUCAGCACUACAGAGAAUUGAACCACGACCCGACACGCAAUCUAUACCAGAGGGCACAUACUACCUUUUUUUCACAUUCUAACAAUCCCGCACAUCUUUAUCUCCCGCGGACUGGGUUCUUACCGAGCCAGAGUGACGCGGAGUUUCCGUUGUCAUUCAAGCAUAUCAAUUCAACAAGACCAGGCCAAGAAGAUGAAACAUCUCCCUCUCCCACUCCAAACUCUCCGCUCUCUCCCCAUCGCGAGCCAUGGUCUGGCCAUAGGAUAUCGAAGCCAAAUCAACGAGUGCUUCCUGUUUGCGAAAGCUCAAAGUACAUAGUAGACUCCGCAUGGAUGCAUUGGCCUGCAAUCUGCCUGGAGGACAGGAUUUCUGCACAAGCUUGCGACACACAUUCUACCGAAAAGGGUGGUACUCAGCUGCGAUGGGGCUCAGACUCGGCUUUCGUUUCUGAUCAGUUCGUGCCAUCAUCAGCACAUCAAUUAAGCCAUACACAUGCCACAGAUACUUGGUUAGGAUGGAUAACGAGCAUUGCAUCUAAUGGUAAGAGCGCUUUUGGCUACGAAUUAUCAGACGGCGACCCAGAACUCAACACAGAAGAAUUUGACGGCAACGGCAACGGCAACGGCAACAAACACAUCGGUGACCCUGAGGAUCCAGCUUCCGUUCACCGUGUUCUCCCUGUAAUUCCCGUCGACAUGCAAAGAGAGCGCAGAAUCCCACGCAAAAGGAGGGAUUUUACACGAACUGGCCAAAAGCUAGACAGCAAGCAGCUUCGCAUACUCCAAGAGGAGCGUAAGAAAGAAAUCCACAAUAUUUCAGAACGCAAACGCAGAGAACAAGUAAAUAAAGGGUUUGCAGAUUUGUGUGACAUUGUUCCAGGAAUGGAUAUUAAAGCCCACACACGAAAGCAAAUCCUCAUCCGCACCGCAGAGUGGCUUCAAAACUUUCUUCGAGGCAAUGAAGAACUGAAAGAACAAAUUUUAAAGCUUCAAUAACAAACCUUCUCCUCUCUCAAACGAACGCCUUCGUCAUUGAAAUGCCGCUUCCAUUCACAACAACAAUUGCAAAGAACCUCAUAAUAAGGAGACCUAGACACAGAGCUGCUUAUCUCCAAAGUCUUUUACCCAGGCCACUUCCUUCAGAUACGCCACCUUCCGAACAAAAGUCCGUUGCAACUCGACUAAAUGAAUAGUCCUUUACCGUUCAGGCACUUGGAGGACCCUGGCAACCUUUGA